AUGAUGAACAGCGGAGGGAUCGGGGUGCCGCUCGGCUUCCCCUUGGGCCCCACGUCUGUUAUCCAGGUCACGAACCUGUCCUCGGCAGUGACCAGUGAACAGAUGCGGUCUCUCUUCGGCUUCCUGGGAGAUAUCGAGGAGUUGCGUCUCUAUCCCCCGGACAACACACCUCUUGCUUUUUCCUCCAAAGUAUGCUAUAUUAAGUUUCGUGAAGCAUCAAGUGUUGGUGUGGCCCAGCAUCUAACAAACACGGUUUUUAUUGACAGAGCUUUGAUAGUUGUGCCCUGUGCAGAAGGUAAAAUCCCAGAUGAAGCCAAAGCCCUUUCUCUAUUGGCGCCUGCUCCUAUUAUGACAAGCCUGAUGCCUGGUGCAGGAUUGCUUCCUAUACCUACACCAAACCCUUUGACUACACUCAGUGUUUCACUUGGCACUUUGGGGGCUGUACCAACAGCAACAUUGGACUCUACCAUUACGGCUCUGGGAGAAAUACCACAGCCACCAAUUAUGGGGAAUGUGGACCCAUCCAAAAUUGAUGAAAUCAGAAGAACAGUCUAUGUUGGAAACUUGAAUUCACAGACUACAACAGCAGAUCAGCUGCUUGAAUUCUUUAAACAAGUUGGAGAAGUCAAAUUUGUGCGAAUGGCAGGUGAUGAGACACAACCAACACGAUUUGCUUUUGUGGAAUUUGCAGACCAAAACUCUGUACCUCGUGCUCUUGCCUUUAAUGGAGUUAUGUUUGGAGACAGGCCACUGAAAAUAAAUCAUUCCAAUAAUGCAAUAGUGAAGCCUCCUGAAAUGACACCACAAGCUGCUGCCAAGGAACUGGAAGAAGUGAUGAAGAGAGUAAGGGAAGCCCAGUCUUUUAUAUCUGCUGCUAUUGAGCCAGAGUCUGGAAAGAGCAGUGAAAGAAAAGGCGGUCGAUCUCGUUCCCAUUCUCGUUCAGAAUCCAGGUCUAGCUCAAAAUCCCGAUCUAGAAGGAAAAGAUCACACUCAAAACACAGAAAUAGAUCUGGCAACAGAUUGCUCUCAAGGCACAAGGACAGACACAGAUCGAGAAGUCCCCUGAAAAAACAGCCUAGAUCUAGGGAAAGGUGGAAAUCAAGAAGUCGCUCUCGUUCUUGGGACAAGAAAAGAGACAAAGAAAAGGUCAAGGAAAAAGAAAAGGCCAAAGAAAAGGAGAGGGAAAGAGAGCGAGAUAAAGAGAGAAACAGGGAUAAGGAGAAGGACCAGGAGAGAGAGAGAGACCAAAACAAAGAUCAAGAGAGAAUCAGAGACAAAGAUAGGGAUAGGGACAGGAACAAGGAUAAGGACAAAGGUAGGGACAGGGAAAAAAACAAAGAUAAGGAAAAAGAUAGGGAAGAGGACAAAGAAAAGGAAAAAGAUGAGGAUAAGGAGCAAGAAAGAGAAAAAGAGAGAGAUGAUAAAAAGAAGAAAGAUAAGAGAUCCAGAAUACCCCCAAGAAGCUAUAGCUCUUCAAGAAGAUCUCGUAGCUCCAGCAG